CCCUGCCGCUCCCCAAUCCGAUGUGGGUCCUAUCCGGACUCUAUUUCCCAGAAGGCCUCGAGGCCUGAGGCGACCUGUUGGGUCCUCAGCGUCUUGGCGGCAGUUGGUGGAGCCGGAGCUGCGAGUCUGUCCUCGGCGCUGCCUGCGCGUUUACCUCAGUCUCCACUGGAACUCUUCUCACCAGCCCACCUCAUCCUGACCCAGUCCCGGCGGAGAGCGGCGCCAACCCGAGCGCUGCCUCGGAUUAGGCGUCCGCCGAAGUCGGAACGCCCCUCCGCGUCUCCCCGCGGCUCAGCAAGGACCGCGUCCGGGCUGCCGUCGCCUCGUCGCCAUGGCGCCCACCAUCCAGACCCAGACCCAGCGGGAGGACGGCCACAGGCCCAAUUCCCACCGGACUCUGCCUGAGAGGUCUGGAGUGGUCUGCCGAGUCAAGUACUGCAACAGCCUCCCUGACAUCCCCUUCGACCCCAAGUUCAUCACCUACCCCUUCGACCAGAACAGGUUCGUCCAGUACAAAGCGACCUCCUUGGAAAAACAGCACAAACAUGACCUCCUGACUGAGCCAGACCUGGGGGUCACCAUUGACCUCAUCAAUCCUGAUACCUACCGCAUUGACCCCAAUGUACUCCUAGACCCAGCUGAUGAGAAGCUUUUGGAAGAGGAGAUUCAGGCCCCCACGAGCUCCAAGAGAUCCCAGCAGCAUGCGAAGGUGGUGCCGUGGAUGCGGAAGACAGAGUACAUCUCUACUGAGUUCAACCGUUACGGCAUCUCCAAUGAGAAGCCUGAGGUCAAGAUUGGAGUUUCUGUGAAGCAGCAGUUCACUGAGGAGGAAAUAUACAAAGACAGGGACAGCCAGAUCACAGCCAUUGAGAAGACUUUUGAGGAUGCACAGAAGUCGAUCUCCCAGCAUUACAGCAAGCCCCGAGUGACACCAGUGGAGGUCAUGCCUGUCUUCCCAGAUUUUAAGAUGUGGAUCAACCCAUGUGCUCAGGUGAUCUUUGACUCAGACCCAGCCCCCAAGGACACCAGUGGUGCAGCUGCGUUGGAGAUGAUGUCUCAGGCCAUGAUCAGAGGCAUGAUGGAUGAAGAAGGGAACCAGUUUGUGGCCUACUUCCUGCCUGUGGAAGAGACGCUGAAGAAACGAAAGCGGGACCAGGAAGAGGAGAUGGACUAUGCACCGGAUGAUGUGUAUGACUACAAGAUUGCUCGGGAGUACAACUGGAACGUGAAGAACAAGGCUAGCAAGGGCUACGAGGAAAACUACUUUUUCAUCUUCCGAGAGGGUGAUGGGGUUUACUACAAUGAAUUGGAGACCAGGGUCCGCCUGAGUAAGCGCCGGGCCAAAGCUGGGGUUCAGUCAGGUACCAACGCCCUGCUUGUGGUCAAACAUCGGGACAUGAACGAGAAGGAAUUAGAAGCCCAGGAGGCACGGAAGGCCCAGCUGGAGAACCAUGAACCCGAGGAGGAAGAGGAAGAGGAGAUGGAAACAGAAGAGAAAGAAGCUGGGGGCUCAGAUGAGGAGAGAGAGAAGGACAGCAGCAGCGAGAAGGAAGGCAGUGAGGACGAGCGCUCAGGCAGUGAGAGUGAACGCGAGGAGGGUGACAGGGACGAGGCGAGUGACAAGAGUGGCAGCGGCGAGGACGAGAGCAGCGAGGAUGAGGCCCGGGCUGCCCGGGACAAAGAGGAGAUCUUCGGGAGUGACGCGGAUUCAGAGGACGACGCUGACUCUGAUGAUGAGGACAGAGGCAGGGCCCGUGGCAGUGACGAUUCGGACAGCGGCAGUGAUGGGGGUGGCCAGCGGAGCCGCAGCCACAGCCGGAGCCGCAGCGCCAGUCCCUUCCCCAGUGGCAGUGAGCACUCGGCCCAGGAGGAUGGCAGUGAAGCGGCAGCUUCUGAUUCCAGUGAAGCCGACAGCGACAGUGACUGAGUCCCAGGGCCUCCAGGACUGGCGCAGACGAGAUUAUUAUGCGCAGGAAGGCACUUUCCCAGCGUUCUCUUUGCAAGCCCUUCGCUUUGUUUGUUUCCUUCCCCUCCUCCAAACCUUUGCUGUUAAUAAAGCCAACUUCUCUUUACUUUCCCUCCCAGGCCCUAUGGUCUUAUUCCGACUACAACCCUCCUCCCCCCUCCCCAAACCUACCCCAGGUGCUCAGUGGCCCCAGCUUAAGGGAUGGAAGCAAAGGCCACAGAGACAGGGUCACUAGGUUUUCCAUGAAAUGUAGCAUAACAAAGGUCAGAAUCCUUUUUUGUUUUUUUUUUUUGUUUUUUUUUUCCAAAAUAAGCCCAGACCAUUAAACAAGUGAAACUCCAACAAAUAAGUCUUCUCCAACAGCGAGAAACACUGUACAGUUACUCAAAGCUGAUUCUGCCAGUGGGGCUGGAGAUAGGAGGGAGGGUGAAAUCAUGGUGGAGGGGCCUGGGUGGGGAGGGGCAGAGCAGGAGAGGAUCAGGGUCCUGCCCAUCAGAGUGGGGCCGCCUGCGUCCUGCACACUCUGCUGUCAGGUGGGAGGAGGGGGGCAGCUCUUGCCUCCCAUUGUGUGUGGGGAGGUGUCCCUUGCCCCCUCCCAGGGCCAGGCAGAGCCAGCUCGCCCUGAACAAGUGAACAGGACAGGACUGGCUGGGAGGAGGUGAGGGUCCUGUAAGAGGAACACCCUGCUGAUUCCAAAUGAGGUGGCCCCUGUCCAUCCCACUUCCUGGGGCUAGUGGGAGGGGGACUGGAGAAGCCCUGGGAGUUUGAGGGGAAUGAGCAAAGGCACAGAAACAUGGAGGGGCCGGGGUGGGGGACUUGCAUAGGUUGAUGAGUGUGCAAGAGGUACAUAAAUAAACCUGACACCCCACCCAGCCCGGCACUGGGAGAGGAGGUGGGGACCUGUAGCAGGUUCCCAGGGCCACCCCACCACCUGGC